UCUUUUUUAUUUUUAUUUUCUAUCUCUCUCUCCGGAUGCCCUGGGGGGUUGAGUCCUUCUGACACUGGAAGGAAACGCACCCAGAAGUCAGCCCAGUGAGCACCAUGGAGAUCGUCUACGUUUAUUUGAAGACGCGCAGCGAGUUCGGUCGACAAUGCACCUUUUCCGACCGGAUGGCAGAGGUCAAUGUGGACAUUCAGCCAGAUCCACUGCAAGCUACAAAUUUUAUUGAAAGAGACCCCAUUGAUACUGGAGUACAGUGUGCCAGUGUUAUGUCAGAGCAUGAGGUCAACACAGAAAGGUUUGAAAUGGAAACUCGGGGCAUCAACCAUGUGGAAGGCGGCUGGCCUAAAGAUGUCAACCCCUUGGAAAUGGAGCAGACCAUUCGUUUCCGCAAGAAAGUUGAGAAGGAUGAGAACUACAUCAACAUCAUCACUCAGCUGGGCAGUCAAAUGGAUCACUGCAUCAAGCAGAACAAUGCCAUCAAUAUCUAUGAGGAGUACUUUGAGGAAGAGGAGUUGGCGGGAGUUACGGAUGAGCCUCCAUCAGCAAAAACUAUCAAUGUCUUCAGGGACCCAAACCCAAUCAAAAGAACAGCCACGCAUCUCUCCUGGCACCCCGACAGAAGCCGGAAGCUGGCGGUCUCUUAUGCCAGCCUAGAAUUCCAGCGGAGUUCAAAAGACAUGAGCUAUGAUUCAUACAUAUGGGACCUUGAAACCCCCAACAAACCAGAACUUGCUAUCCGGCCAUCCUCACCUUUGGUGUGCUUAGAGUACAACCCGAAAGAUUCGCAUAUCCUGAUUGGAGGUUGCUACAAUGGGCAGAUAGCUUACUGGGACACUCGAAAAGGAGGCCUGCCAGUGGAACUGACCACAGUCGAGCUUAGCCACCGGGAUCCUGUGUAUAAUGCUAUCUGGCUGCAGUCAAAGACUGGAACCGAUUGCUUCUCUGGUUCCACCGAUGGGCAGGUCCUGUGGUGGGACAUUCGUAAACUAGCUGAACCGACUGAAAUACUAGUGAUGGACAUCAGUAGGAAAGGAGUCUUGGAAAAUGCUUUAGGAGCCAUUGCCCUGGAAUUUGAGCCAACGAUGCCAACCAAGUUCAUGGUGGGAACAGAGCAAGGGAUUGUGAUUUCUUGUAACCGCAAAGCCAAGACUCCUGCUGAGAAGAUUGUCUACACGUUCAGUGGGCACCACGGCCCAAUCUAUGCCCUGUGGAGGAAUCCUUUCUACCCCAAGAACUUUUUGACCGUUGGGGACUGGACGGCACGCAUUUGGUCAGAAGAGAGCAGAGAAUCGUCGAUCAUGUGGACUAAAUACCAUAUGGCAUACCUCACAGAUGGGUGCUGGAGCACCACUCGGCCAGCUGUCUUCUUCACCACCAAGAUGGAUGGCACCCUUGAUGUCUGGGACUUCCUCUUCAAACAGAAUGACCCUACACUCAACUUGAAGGUCUGUGAUGACCCUCUCUUCAGCCUACGUUUACAGGACAAUGGGCGUUUUAUUGGCUGUGGCUCCAAACUGGGCACGGUGACGCUGCUGGAAUUUUCCUCUGGCCUAUGUACCUUGCAACGGAAUGAGAAGAACCUGGCUUCCACAAUGUUUGAGCGGGAGACGAAACGAGAGAAGAUUCUGGAGGCCCGCCACCGCGAAAUGCGUCUUAAGGAGAGGACCAAGACAGAGAGCAAGGAGGACAGGGGCAAAGAGGACCUGGAGGAGGAGAAGCCGGAGGAGAUCCUGGCAAGAGUGGAGAAGGAGUUCUUUGACGUCAUUGAGGGAGAGCUCAAGCGCAGGGAGCGAGCGAAAGCCAAGCUCAAAACUGGUGACGACCAGGAACGGGCAUAUGAUGAAGAAGACGAUGAACCAAUCAUUCCUAAGGAGGAAGAGGAAGAGGAAGAGGAAGAGGAGGAGGAGGAGGAGGAGGAGGAGGAGGAGGAGGAGGAGGAAGAAGAAGAAGAAGAAGAAGAAGAAGAAGAAGAAGAAGAAGAAGAAGAAGAAGAAGAAGAAGAAGAAGAAGAAGAAGAAGAAGAAGAAGAAGAAGAAGAAGAAGAAGAAGAAGAAGAGUGAUGGGGAACCCUGAAAUUCCUGCAUGGAAUUUAUAUGCCUUCCUGUUUGCUCUUUCUAUCAUUUUUUUUAUUUUUACACAACAGACUCUAUCAAUAAAUGUAGCAACAUUUUUUUUUGCACUUUUCUCCCCCUACUCUAUCCUAAUCCAAACGAGUGUCCAGCUGAGUCCUGAGUGCCUUUGCCAUGGAAACUUACAAUAACUCUCAGUGCCAGAGGGACAGAAAUAAAAUUUGAGAUGAAUUGAUGGCAAUACAGGGCUGAAAACAAGAAAAGGAACUUCCACAUAGAGGACCUUUUAAUAUUCCGCACAGGAGAGAGAAAUACAUAAAUGCCAACAAGGGGAAAUUAGUCCUUUUGCAGCGCCUCUGCCACGGGGGAGGGAGCAAGAUACCUUUCUUGCUGCCAUCUGAAGGUGUGGUACAGUACUGUGGCAGAUAUAAUGUUGAGUGGCAUUAAUAAAGGACUUUAGGCAAGGCAGCCAACAAGAGACAUAGGAG